CAGAAAAGCUAAAGGGAAGAAGAAGAACCAGAAGAAAUAGAAAAGUUUUCAUCUACAAAAAGUUCAAGAUAUACCUAAAAAGCGCGCUUUAUCUAAGAAUUCCCAAACUGUUUAUAGCGACAGAAUGAUGAACGACGAUAAAAGCUACGACUCGAGCAACAACAGCGAGUCGGGGGAUCGUCGAGCUAAGCAUAAGAAGGCCAAGAAGCACAAAAAACACAAGAAGUCCCUAAGCAAGGGCGAGAAGGACAGACAUGUCCAUAAGAAGCAAAAGAAGUCAAAAAAGCGCUCCCAUCGACCAAGCGAGUCCUCAAACGACUCGGACGCGCCGGGAAACGCCAAAACCAAGCUUGCGAAAAACGUCGGACUUAGCAGCAAGUUCACCGAGAUCAUGCAGAGAGCCAGCCGCAAUGGUGCUGACUUUCGCAUCACCAAGCCACUGCUUCCGACUGACCCGAGCAGCCUGGUCGAAGAGAUCACUAAGACCAUUCAAAAUAAGGUGCUGCCCGUCUUGGAAGUGGCCAGUUCGGGUAGCGAAAGCGAAGUGCCCGCCGAUGUAGCUAGUCCGAUCAUUGCGCCUAUAAUCGAGGACGAGCUCAACUUGGAGGACCUGAUGCGUCAGAAGGCUUUGCUGCAGGCUCGCCUGGGCGCAUAUAUGUCGGACCCAGAGGCCGAGGAGAGAGGCGAGCCCUAUCGCCAUUCGCAGCAUCCACAACCACAAGCAGUUCUGGCCAAAUCAGUGUCCAAGGUGGCCACCUCCGCACCGCAGCCCCAGCCGCAGGCGAUGGCCGCCAGCAAGCCUGCAGCGCCGCUGGCUACUGCAACCAGUAAACAUGCUAAUAUUAAACAGUGUAGCACUCAUAACUCAAAUGAACCCGAUGUUAUAUUGUUGGAUGAUUCUAGCGGAGGCCAGCGAACUCCUUCGCCCACACCCGAGAAGCGAAGGCGCUACACAUCCCCGUUUCCAGCAGCCCCGAGAAGUCGAGCUCGCGAUGACCCUGGCCACGGACGUCGGGAACGGCGCUCCAAAGAACGAGACCGUACUCCUCCACGACGCCGGGCAGCAGAGCAGCCCAUACAGGCCCGGCCUCGCAGUCGCAAUCGGAAUAUGGAGGAUCUGCGGCAGGAGAUCAAUCGCGAUAAGCAGAGAGAGAGACGCGACCAUAGCCGUGACCGAGACCGACGUGGAUCAGAGAGGCCGAUGACAACCGAUUUUCGACUAGGUCGUGCCCGUGAGCGAGAUAUUCGGCCCAAUCGGAGCCAGCGGUCACACAGCCGCAGUAAGUUUGAGUCUGACAGGCGCCGUGAGCGGGAACGGCAAAAGGACCGGGAUCGUGGUAGCUUUGACCGUGGUGGCGGUCGCGGAGGAGCACGCGGCGGCGCAGACAACGGAGACCGGGAUCGUUACAAGGGUUCGCUGAGUGAGGGGCAAAAGAAGCAUGACAAGGAGAGUAGUGAUGAGGAGGUGAACCUCGACAUUGAUAUUAACGAUGACGAUGAUGACGAGGAGCGUAUCAUUGAGCUGCGCCGGAAGAAGCGCGAAGAGCUUCUCAAAAAACUGGGAAGUGGUCAGGAAUCACCAACGCCCCAAAACUCCAUCUCGAAUGAGUCUCGAAGCUCAUCGCCGGUCUCAUCCCAACGCGAAAGACCCCCUAGGACGCCGACGCCUACUCUGCCUAGCUCUGAUCUGACAAAGGACCAGCAACAGCUGGACAACUCGAGCAGCCAAAAGAACUCUGUGAAGGAAAAACGAAAUGAGUGGGAUAUGUUCGCCGACCAGGACGUGGAUUCAAAUUUCGAUUCACCUAAUACAAUCGUUCAAAACAAGCAUCAACACGAAAAUCCCGCCCUCACCGAUAACUGGGACGAUGCUGAGGGCUACUAUCGUGUACGAAUUGGUGAGGUAUUGGAUAAUCGCUACCUUGUGAACGGGUACACAGGUCAGGGCGUGUUUAGCAAUGUCGUUCGUGGCCGAGACCAAGCUCGGGGACAGGCCAAUGUAGCCAUCAAGAUUAUACGCAACAACGAAAUAAUGCACAAAACUGGAUUGAGGGAGCUGGAAAUCCUUAAGAAACUGAACGAUGCUGAUCCAGAGGAUAGAUUCCACUGCCUGCGUUUAUAUCGCCACUUUUUCCACAAACAGCAUCUUUGCAUGGUGUUCGAGCCACUGGCAAUGAAUUUGCGGGAGGUACUCAAGAAAUACGGCAAAAAUGUUGGCCUUCACAUAAAAGCAGUGCGUAGUUACACACAACAACUAUUUUUGGCACUUAAAUUGCUGAAAAAAACCGGCAUUUUGCACGCAGACAUUAAGCCGGAUAACAUUUUAGUUAAUGAAAAUAACCUGAUACUAAAGCUGUGCGAUUUUGGGUCAGCCUCGGCCAUCAGCGACAACGAAAUAACACCAUACUUGGUGUCACGGUUUUACCGCGCGCCAGAAAUUAUUUUGGGUAUACCCUACGAUUAUGGAAUUGACACCUGGUCCGCUGGCUGCACAAUCUAUGAGCUGUACACAGGAAAAAUUCUGUUUAGCGGGAAGAGUAACAACCAGAUGCUAAAGUUCUUUAUGGACGUGAAGGGCAAGAUACCAAACCGAAUUGUCAGAAAAGGUCAAUUCAAGGAGCAACAUUUUGAUCAGAGCUGCAACUUCCUUUACCACGAGAUAGAUAGACUCACCGAAAGGGAAAAGAUUGUUGUAAUGCCGGUCGUUAAACCUUCGCGCAGCUUGCAGCAGGAACUAAUUGCAGAACAAAACCUGCCAGACGAUCAGCAUCGCAAAGUUACCCAGCUCAAGGAUUUGCUUGAAAACAUGUUUGCCUUGGACCCGGCCAAGCGGAUCUCCCUCAACCAGGCACUUGUUCACCCAUUCAUUCAGGAGAAAAUGUAGAGCCAACGUCGUAUAUUAAACGUAAUUCUAUUUUACCUAGCUCGUAAGACAAUGGUCAUGCCCAACUCGCAAGUUAGUUAGUAGUUUUUGUUCGUUAUCACUUAGAAAUCACACAAUCUAUACAUUUACACAAGCGAUGUAAAUAUGCUCAGUGGUUUUUUGCUGUACGGCGCGUUUUGAGAAUAGAAUUAUAAAAAAAAAAACAAUUAGCAAAUUUUGUAAAACUUGUUAUUCAAUUCGUGUGUGUAUGCGUGUAUAUAAGUAUAUUAAUGCUACCUUUGUAUAAAAAAAAAGCAUGUGAGUGAUUUGCCACACACCAUACACAUAUAUAAUUUUAAAGUAAAUCGUAAUAAUGUGUGCUACAA